AUGGCUAUCGAUUGUGAUGACGGCCUCGAGCACCUCUCCAUUCUAGACGACAAGCCCUUGCCGUCGAUUAUAUACCGUGACGUCUAUCGAGCGCAGUGUUGCUUCCAUCUCUGGAACGGCCAGCCUCGCCGUAGCCCUUUCUCGUUAUCGAACCUUAUUCGCUUUUCCUUUGACGACAUAGAACACGGCAUCUACUCGUGGUACGACUACGUAGAACACAUGCACGCGUUGACAAACGAGGACUGCCCUACCUUCGUACCCUCCUUUGAAGGAAACGUUGCUGUCCUGCUUAUCUGGCGUCCCGUGCCGAGCAACUCAACCUUCUUUCGCCAUGCUCCCUGGGCAGUCGAUUUCUACGUCAUGACCAACAAUGUUCAUACUCUUGCGUUCAGACUUGCAGGGCUAUGCUGGUACUUCAGCGCAGACUAUCUGCACAUGUACCAUCAGCAAACGUCCGCUCCAUUCGCGAUCGACUUCUGUGCCCUGGAGAGCGAUGUUAAUACUUUGGCAUUUCGUAUGGCUGGUCUUACGUGGUACUUUGGCAGCUUCCUUGAUCGUGACAACAUGGUCGACAGCGACUACCCUUCUAACUAUGUGUACUAUAUCCGUGCCGCCCUUCACAUCGAGCGCUACACGCUUGCUAGCUGGAGGCUAGCGGCUGAGGAUGGCACAAUCAUUGACGAGAUUGGGCACGCCCCUUCCUCACCAGGUGACACUAACAAUGCAUCCUCCUUGCCGGACGACGACGCGGACCUCCCAGCCCUUAUCGACGACAGUGACGAGGAUGAGGAUGAAGGCCCACUCUCCCUAUGCGAUGGUAGCGACGGCGGCUCCAUGUCCCCGUCCAGGGACACUGAUUGUCUCAGAGAUGAAGCCCACCCGCGCUCCGUGGCAGAUGAACGCCAGCUUCCUCUCAACCCUACUUACCCAGAUGCAAGCGUUCUCUCGGACUGUCUACGAUUCUCAUUCGACGACAUCACCCACUGGGUCUACAACUGGAAGUCUUAUGUUGAUAUCCUUCACGAAAACACUCGUGAGGAACUGCCCGUCUCCAUUCCCAGUUAUCCAGACAACGUAAAGGUCGCGUUUGUCUGGCGUACAGUAUCCGUCAGAUCCCCUCUCGCCCAUGAAGCCUCCUUUGCUCUCAACUUCUACGUCACUACGACCGGCUCACAGUCCCUGGCUUUCAGGCUAGCGGGGUGUGGAUGGUCCUUUACCUGGGACUAUCUCCGCAACUUUCAUUCAGGCGCAACCCACUGCCCCUCGGACUGUGUGCACCACAUUGAGGUGAAACACCAUACUGAGCAGUACACCUCCGGUACUAUCUUCUGUGCAGAAAACUUCCGUUCGACGUUCAAUCAUUUCACUUCCCUAUGUACCAUCGACCGCGAGCAAGAGUUUCUCUACGAAGGAUUGCCCGUAACUCUUUGUAACGAGUAA